AUGGGCCUGCCCAUGGGCCCGCAGCAUGCGUAUGGCAAAGCCUACUUGGCCGCGACGGUAGAACCGGGCCAGCUUGGACCGCCCGUUUUCUCGCACUUGCAAAAUCAGUUUCCGCUGCGGCUUCUUACGCCGCACGCGGCGUGCCGCAAUGCGACGAUCACUGCGGCCAAGUACGAGAAGGUGCCGGUGAAAGGCAUAGGCAUCCUCUAUGUCGUAGGCUUUGGCGGAGGUCUUGUGAGCGGUGACCACGUCGACCUAGAAGUGGAUGUUGGUUCAAAUACGCGGUUGCUUCUGUUGACGCAAGGGAGCACAAAAGUCUUUCGCGAACGUCGUGGUGGGGAUCCAAUAGCCUCAUUGCAGGGACAGCGGCCGCCGCUUCCCGUGUCUGAGCAAUACUUUCGGUAUAUUGUGCGACCGAAUGCAACUCUGGUCCUUCUUCCUUCGCCCGUAACUUGUUUUGCACGGUCCAGGUACAUGCAGACGCAACGAAUCGAUUUGCGCAACGCACAGACGUGCUCCUUGGUGCUACUCGACUGGUUCACAGCUGGGCGCCUUUAUGUGGAUACAGACGACCGUAUACCCGAACUGUGGCACUUUUUCUUAUACCACAGUCGCAACGAAGUCAGGAUUGAUGGCGAGGUUGUGUUGCGCGACCGACAGCAUCUCGAGCAGGAUUUGCCGGAGAAGCUCGUGCGUGGCGUGCCCACGGAGCUAUCUUUUCGCUGUAUACCUUACAAGUGCUAUGGAAUGUUUGUCUUGUACGGCAUAGAGUGCGCGGAAAUAUGCGAGGAGCUAUCAAAGAAAUUUGACUGCAUCGAGCAGCCGCAGCCGCUCCUACGGUCCGGCGGUGCCACCGCUGCAUCCCGUGUUACGCCGCAAGACGUGCUAUGGAGUGUUAGUCCUCUUUGUUCUGGCGCGCCGAUUCCGGGCGGUGAGCUGCGGAAAAGGCCCACCGACAUGCCCGGCAUUAUCCUACGGUUUGCGGGGAUCGACAUGGACACGACACAAGCGUGGCUGCGCGACAAUUUAAAGUCAUUGCGAUACUUGAUUGGAGAUGAUAUGUAUCGCAUUGCAUUCAGUUAG